UUGUUGUUACAUGAAUAAAUUAUUAUUUGCCCAUUAAAUUUAUAAAUUUAUAGCGUUUAACGCAUUUAGGUUGCGAAUUCUUAGGUUAAUCGGUAUUGGAUAUAAGUUUGUUUAAAUGAACACAGAAUCUAGGGUCGUGCCCGUCGCUGCUAAAUACAAUAUUGCAUGAGUUGUAAGAAGUUAAAAAAAUUCAAAGGUACUGUACUGUACAUAAAACAUUAUAAACGCGUUUCCUCUCCUAUUAAUAAUUCGAAUAAUUAGGGGAUAUAUUGAUAAAUGGAGAAAAACAACCUCCGUUACGAAAACAACAUACCAAACAUUCUUGUCGGCACCAAAUCGUUCCUUUCUACUGACAAUCACAUGUUUGCGCCCAGCCAAUCACGUUUAUCUAGAGAAACCACCGCUAACAUCCACAUUCCGAACAUUCCGAUCAGGCUUCGAAAAUAACCCAUCUCUCAUUAGCUGCCCGGUUUCGUGGUUCUCGUCUUUUGACUAAUAAUAACCGUUUUCACCAAUGACGUCGACGGAUUUAACCAAUAAAAUGCGUUAAUAGUGGUGCUUCCAUUUUUAAUGAUGAAAGAAAAUGGCGACGGAGUCCGUAGACGGAGCGAGUGAUCAAAAUACUUGCCGUCGCGUCGAAGAGCGCCGUAACAAUGUGAUGAAUGCGUUACGCCCGUGCUACAAAAUGUGAAGAGGGAGAGCGACGUUAGUAUAAACCCUUAAAUUAUGAUAAUGGUUUAAAUUCAAAAAUCGGGGCCGUAUAGGAUGUCUACGGUUUUAUUAUUGCAGUCGUUUCGGUUACGAUUAGAAAACGUGGUCACACAUGGUUUGUGGUUAUUCAACAGAACAAAUGACCUUCUAUAUCUGGAAAUAUUUAUUUCUGUUGUUUUACGCUCACAAAUGGCUUCAUCAUUCGUAGAAUUUCUAAGUGUUUGGAUGAUUUAGUGCGGUGCGGCGAGGAAUCGAAGAUAUACGACUUUCUGCCUUUCGGAUAUAAAAACUCAACUAAGUAAUAUGCUGCAAAAGAGGAUGUAAAUGGAAUUCUGGUUUGCUUUCCAACUGAUUCUUAAACAUCAAAAAUAAUCAGGAAUCAACCAAUGUGGAAAAAUAUCCAAAUGGUAACUAUUUGCAGCAUAAGUGCUGUAAAAAAUUACUAUGGCUCAAGAAUUUCUUCCAUUGUGUGAUGUGCUGUUCAACAUCAUAUCGCUCGCCUCAUACUUCUGUGAUAUUGUAUUUGAUGUAGUUACGGUGUAUACACUCUAUGUACACAAUCGGAUAGUUUGGUUUAUCCUGGCUCUAUCGUGCAUUUUGGCAUCACUAUUUAUUAGUCAGCUCAUGUCAACAAAAUGGUACCUGAAACAGAACAGCAGGAAAGAUUGCAGAUUAUCAUUUAUAAUUCUAAUUCAUAUUUUACAAUGUGGUGUUCUGUGGAGAUACUUUAAAUUGUUCAUACCAGUGGACCUGGCACGUGUUAAGAACGAAGUCCGUGAUCUAUGUAUGCUGAGAUUGAUUCAUGCCUUUUGCGAAGCUGCGCCAAUGCUUCUCAUACAACUCUAUCUCAUCUGGCUUAAACCAUCUGCUAAUAGUCUCUCCGAUCUGAAUAUCGUCUCAACCGGAUUGAGUUUGUUCAGUGUGUGUUGGGCAUUAGCUUCCUUCAAUAAGAAUGUACGGAGGAGAAAUAUACAUCGAUUGAUUCUCACUUGGUUGGGUGUGAUAUUUCAGUUUUUUUGGAGAUUAGGAACGGUGUCAUCACGAGUGGUUGCACUUACAGUCUAUGCCACAUUGUACAAUUAUUGGGUUUGUGUUGUUAUUGGUCUUCAUUGGAUAAGCAUGUUGCUAUGGUUGAUGUCACCAAAAAAUGUUUUUCAUGGAGAAAAUAUAUCACGUCUAAAAAAAACUGGAUUCUCAAUGCUUAUAGCAUAUGUAUAUAUAUUUUGCUAUAUAAAUUUACAAGAAGUAAAUGCAAGACAGAAGAUGAUGGCAUUUUAUAUAACGAUGUUUUUAGAAAAUUCUUUAUUGAUGGCCAUAUGGGUUGGAUUAAGAGGUGAUGUUAAAUGGUUUCAUUAUCCUGUUAUUGGAAUAGUAUGGGGUGGAUUUGUUUUGGGAAUUAUAUUUAUGAUAUUAUAUUAUUACUUCUUUCAUAUCAGACGAUUAAAACAUAAUGUAGCUGUUGCAUCUAAUCCAGGUUCUGACUGUUCAGUUUGUCCGACAGGUUCUUGUGCCAAUCAUUCAGGUAGGACUAGUUCAUAUUAUAUCAGUGAACCUUCAGCUAGUGAUACAGCUGGCGGAAAUCACAAAACUGUGUACAAAACUCGUAACAGUGCCAUUUUUCACACUGCCAAUGCUCUUCAGAAUGGUGUGACUAAUAUUCCAGGUGUUUUCAACUGUCGUUUAAAUCCCGCUCUUAAGAGAAAGAAGAAGAAACCAUCUACAUUUGUGCCCCCACCACCUCCAGUAACAUCUUUAGCAAGUAAUGGUAAAACAUCCAAUGCUUUUUGGAAGAAAACAUCACCAAAAUCUGGUGGAAGUGAUCACGAAAGUAGUGUGGGAUCUCGAGUGAACAUUCAACAGAAAUUACAAGAGAAAAAACAACAGCAGCUUCAAGAAUUAAAAGAAAUUGAAGAGGAAAUCAAACAAGGAAAAUUAAAGAGGCCUCGCCCAUUAGAAAUUAGCGAACAAGGAACACUCAGGCAACCUGUUCCACAGUCAAAGAAGCAACCUUGGUUACGUCCAGAAUCUCCAUCUAGUGGAAUUCAAUCCCAUCUUCCAUAUCAGUCCAUAAUUAGUCCAUUAGCUACAACUGGUAUUCGAUUAAAAGCAAAACAGAGAUCACAAACACCAGAAAUAUUACUUCUGCCUAAUUUAAUCGAUAACAGUCGAAUUUACUACGAAUAUCAAGAACCUCGUGCUUUAUAUUCAGUCGUACCUCGAAUAAGUUUCCACCAAGCCUCCGACUUAUCUAGUAACAGUAACAUGUCAGGCGUAUCUAGAAGUAAAGGUUGUGCUCGUAAUAGAAACAAAAAAGAAGGAUCUCAAGAUCAACACGGUGCUAUGUACAAAUCAUAUCGUAUUCCUUCAGAUUUGGACAGCCAAAUAUCUCUUCCGAGAUCAUACACUCUUCCCAGGGAAUUCCGUUACUAUCGCCGUCCCAAGACAAGAAAGGCAAUAAGGACCGAGCAUUUCAUAACAUCGAACAAUUCGAGCGACGGCGACGUCGAUUCUGCAGACGAAAACGACGAAGACAUCGUUUUCUCGAGCAGCAGAGUCACGGCACACAUUCGCUUUCAUCCUUACCCACAAACGUUCAGAAAUUCAGCCCUGGGACAGCUCCACGAAACAAAACUAUAACACCAAACUAAAGCAUACUAAUUUGUAGAUAAUACUCAUCACAAUAAGAUGUAAUUAAUUUUAUAUUGAUAUUUUAAAAAGACAAAUGUUUUAAAGAAACUAUUCCUGAUUUUAGAUAAAAUCUUUGUACAUAUAAAAAAAAUCAAGAAUUUGCCAAAAUCAAACAUUAACAAUUGUUAAUUAACUUACCAGAGACAAACACUUGUAUAUAAUAAAUGUACAAUUUGACGAUCAAAUGCAACAUUUAAUGUGCAAAGGAUUGUAAAAAAACGAAACUGUGAUAAGAAUGAUAAAUUUCGGAAGGAUACACUUUUUGUAAUUCAAAGCUCGAAAUAUAUUUAGGUACUUAAAUUUUUCAUUUCUGUGAAUAUGAGAAUAAACUGGGUUAAAUGAAAAUAAUACAGUAAAAAAAGAUAUAUAUGUAUAUAUUUAUAUAGAUAUAUAUUUUGAAAAAUUGUGUUUUUUGCAAAAAUGUACAAGAUUUUUUAUCUACCAAAACUUAUUAAAUGUUUGUUAUGAUAUGAAAUGGGUUUUACUUGUUAAUUUAAAAAAAAAAAAAAAGAUGUAAAUAAUAAUCCACAAAUCAACAUGAAAUAUUGGAUAACUUUAAUUAAAAACUAUCAUUGGCCGUCUAGCAAUAGAAAAAGUAAAUAAAACAACAGACACACUUCUGAAACAUCUCAAAAAGAUGACCAUAAAUUACUUUAUCAGAUAUAGUAUAAUGUAUAAUUAAAACUUUCCGAUUGUAUACAUCUUUAUUAAUACAAAUGACUAUAUAUAGUUUAUGAAAAAAAUGGGAUCCUCUUAUCCUCUUGCUUCUAAACAAUGCCUUCACUUCUCGAAACUUGCAGCGAUUUUUGAUUGUCUCCUUCGUAUCGAAUCUUUUACCUUUUAGCGUCAUCUUUAAUCUUGGGAAAAGGAAAAAAAUUGGCGAAGUCUGGAGAAUAGAGCGGCCGAGGUGUUA